AUGGAAGCUGUUUGUUCAGUGCAUCAGUCUUUGGCUGAGGCUCCAGCUGUUCUUGUUGCAAAAAAAAAACUGAGGCGAUCACUCAGCACUGCGUGGCGGCGGCUCGAUGUAUCCCCGCGCAGCGCAGAGAGGAUCGAACGCAUCCUUGCGUCUCAUGUCUCUAGUAGUACCUUGGCAGUCAGGCAGAAGGCGGCAGGCGAAGGUGGCGGACCCGAAGAUCUGAAAGAGAGAGUCAACCGUGUCGCUAAAGAGACGCUUCUCGAGUUGAAACAGGUCAAUUUGGUGCAGGUGCUCUCUGACGCCAUUGCAGCGGACCCAAGCCUGAUCCAGCCGCCUACCGGCGGUGUCGUACCUGGGUCGUUAAUCUCUUUUUUGCAGGGAUAUCACGAAGAUCCUUGCUCUAUCAUGUCUUGCUUCCCUAUUAUGGUAGACGGACAAGUAGACAGGACGCAAGCAGAAAAGACGACAGACGACGUGAGCGCCACACAGCAAAGCAAGAAACCAGUUGCCUCCCCAAAAGGCCAGUCGCCUCCAGGAAGGCGCAAACGAGGUCAACCUGUGCGCGAAGAAGGGGAAGAGGAGGUCGAACAGCCGGGUUUCGUCGACACGGAUGACGGUGGCUUUUCUACUGGUGGAGCCAGUGGCCUGGAGAGUGCCUUCGCUAGUGAUGGUGAACCGGGACAUGCAGCCGAAGUCACAAGCGUGCAUGGAAGCACCGGAUCUGAGCACACACUCCCGUCACCUCUGCUCGACAUCAGCGUCUGGGGCGAACAAGGUGUGGGGAAGAAAGAGGGAGAAAGCCCGCAAGGAUACAGCGACGACACAGCGAACGCAGAUGCGUCUGUCGCUGACCACGCGGCCGUCUCAGGCCUGUCGAGUGGUUCUCUGGUGUUAUAUCCCGAGAGCGAGCUAGGGCCUCCGCCACCCAAAAAAGCACGAUCGGAAACGCACAAGCAAGAGGGGGGGAAAGGGAUACCCGCAAGCCCAAGCCACGGAGAAGAUGACACGCCAGCGGGCGCGGAAGAGGAGACAUCCGAUGUUGAAGGCGAUUUAGGGUUUCCUGAGGAUUGGAUUUUUCAACCAUUCAUGGACCUGGGAGGAGACGACGGUGAUGCUCCACCAGACGUAUGGGCAGAGCCCCAAACAGGGCUUCCCUACGCUCCUCUGCCGCAGGGCGAUCCCAUCUUAGACAACCUGGUCUCACUGCUCGACGCCCAGGAAUAUGAAGAUGGCAUGGCAGAGGGCGACGAUGAUUCACAAGGGCAGGCAGAAUGA